CCUCAGCUUUGGGUCUCCACCCAGACCCACAUAGAUAAUAAGAUAUUAGCUGUUAGAUUAUCGAGAGGUCACCAUGAAACUGUUUAUUUUUCUGUUUCUCCUGGAAAUACACGGCACAGUGGGACCGACUCACUCUCUGAGAUAUUUCUACACUUCUUCCUCUGGAGUCUCAAACUUUCCAGAGUUUGUAGCUGUUGGUUUGGUUGAUGAUGUUCAGAUGAUUCACUAUGACAGCAACACACAGAAAGCAGAGUUUAAGCAGCAGUGGAUGGAGAAAGCUGCAGAAGAUGAUCCAGAGUAUUUGUCCCGCCAGACUAACAGGCUCAUGAACACCCAGCAGGUCUUUAAAGGCAACAUCGACAUUUUGAAGCAACGGUUCAACCAAACUGGAGGUGUUCACAUUAACCAGAUGAUGUACGGCUGUGAAUGGGACGAUAAAACGACUGUAGUUAAUGGAUAUCAUUACUUUGGUUAUGAUGGAGAAGAUUUCAUAUUAUUUGACCUAAAGACAGACACAUGGAUCGCUCCAGUAAUGCAGGCUGUAAUCACCAAACUCAAGUGGGACAGUGACGGAUCUCUUUCAGGCGAUCUGAGGAACUAUCGUACAAAGCUUUGUCCUGAGUGGCUGAAGAAGUACGUGAACUAUGGGAGGAGCUCUCUGAUGAGGACAGAGCUUCCAUCAGUGUCUCUCCUCCAGAAGUCUUCCUCCUCUCCAGACCACGCUACAGGUUUCUAUCCUGACAGAGCUGAGAUGGUCUGGAGGAAAGAUGGAGUGGAGAUUCAUGAAGGUGUGAACAAAGGAGAGAUCCUCACCAACAAUGAUGGGACCUUCCAGAUGAGUGUUGACCUGGAUGUCUCAUCAGUCAAACCUGAAGACUGGCACAGAUACAGAUGUGUGUUUCAGCUCUCUGGUGUGAACGAGGACAUCGUCACCAAACUGGGUAAAGCAGCGAUCAGGACCAAUGAGGGUUCUUCAGUCUUCCCUGCUGGUGUUGUUAUCCGGAUUAUGGGAAUACUGCUCCUGCUGACACUCUGCUUCUCUGGAAUCUUCAUCUGGAGGAGAAAAUAUAAAGUGCACUUUUGCUGUACUGAGAGCUGUACUGACAGUGUUGUUCAGAGAAUGUAUGGCUGUGAAUGGGAUAAUGAAACUGGAAAGGUUAAAGGUUAUGAUCAGCAUGGCUAUGAUGGAGAAGACUUUGUGACGCUUGACCUGGACACAGAGAUAUGGAUCGCUCCAACACCUCAGGCUGUCACCACCAAAAUGAAGUGGGAUAAGAACAGGGCUCUGAUUGCUCAGAAAAAGAACUACCUCACCCAGGAGUGUCCUCAGUGGCUGAAGAAGUAUGUGAACUAUGGGAGGAGCUCUCUGAUGAAAACAGUUCCUCCCUCAGUGUCUCUCCUCCAGAAGUCUCCCUCCUCUCGGGUCACCUGCCACGCUACAGGUUUCUAUCCUAACAGAGCUGAAUUGGUUUGGAGGAAAGAUGGAGUGGAGCUUCAUGAGGGUGUGAACAAAGGAGAGAUCCUCCGCAUCAAUGAUGGCAACUUUCAGAUGAGUGUUGAUCUGGAUCUUUCAUCGGUCAGACCUAAAGACUGGCAGAGGUACGACUGUGUGUUUCAGCUCUCUGGUGUGAACGAGGACAUCGUCAUCAAACUGGACAAAGCAGUGAUCACGACCAACAUGGGUAAAAGUGAAGGAAAGUCCCUCGCAAUCCUGAUCAUCAUUACAACGCUUUUUUUGCUGUAAUUAGUUUCAUUGUCUACAAAAAGAGAACAGCUGUAGAGAACACAGAGGUACAGGAGCAAAUGAUUCCUAAAGCCUAAAUGACAAACUACCCUGCACACAUGGUGCUGAAAGCCAGGAUGGGGGUACGGCUGACUCGGGACGGGGCCAGCGAGGGAAGAAGCUCGCCCGAAUGGUGGCCGAUCUGGCGGCCACACAGCGGGAGCAUGCGGUGGUGUCACAAAGUCAGCAGGGAAAACUUUGCUCUGUCUGUUGUUGGUGAUGUGUGCGGUUGGCAGCUGUAGAGCUGCAGUGGUUUUUGUGUUUUUAACAGCAACCUUGUGCAGAACAAAGAGCUGCUGAAAAGCUGUCUCAGUCUGGCAGAGGCAGAAUGUAUGGAGUUACGAAAAGGAGCCAAAAUACAGACACAAAGACGGUGGAAGAAAACUUGAAUAUUAAGAAAAAGCAAGCAGUCUAAUAUGGAAGAUUUAAAAAAAAAAAAAAAAAAAGCUACAAAAACCAAAAGCAGAUACACACUGGGGAGAAACCAACUAGAACUAAACUGGGAGAAACGAAAUGCUAAACACAAAAGACAAAGAAUAAAACCUUGAUCGUGGUAAAAACCUGAACAUG